CCUAUAUAAAAUUAAACAAUAAAACCAGCUGAUUCAGUUGAUACCCAUUCUGUCAUUUAAUAUUAAUUAAAAUGAUUUUUAAAUUUCUUACAUCAAAAGUAUUAUAUUUUAUAGGAUGGGCAUCAUUUUCCCUGUAGCUAAUUUCUAAUUUGUGAUACUGCUCCUACUCACCCCUAUUACAACACUUCCUAGCUCCCCUAUAUUUAAUUGACAUCAAAACAAGUGAAUAAUAAAAAAUAAAAAUAAAAAAAAUAAAUUAAAAAAAAAAGACUUGCAUUUUCAAUACGCAUCAUAGUUAGAUGAAAUACAGUCACACACAAACUCUUUGUUGUGUAGACUGUGCGAGACGCAGUUGAAGCACUAGGCGGCGACAUUCAUCUCAUAUAAGCGACCUCCUCAAGCCCGGUUGUGAUGUAUUUCUUAGCGGUGCAGAUUGUUAAAGAGCCAUUAACAUUUUAAGGUAUAUGCAUUUAAGUGAAAUUAGCCUGACAUUGGUGAGAAAAUUCUCUUAAAUCACGAGGUCUGUUUUCAACAGAUUCAUUUCAACAGAACAACACCACAAAGGGGUUAAACGUCGGUCCACUAUUCCGCCGAGAUGCUGUUUGGAUGAGUACCAAUAAUAUGUUUAAAGACUGAAUUCUUCAAGUAAUGUUCUAUAGACGCACGGAUUUGUCCUGACUGUACUGCGCCUGCGCGCUGAAUCUUUUAAGCUGUGUGUAAAUGAGAUACUUAACAUAUUAACGGGCUUUCCAACUUCCUUCCUAAGACAAGACAAAAAAUAAAUAAAUAAAAACCCUCCAUGCCAAAACUUCUGGAGGCUACAUGCGGUUAUGAAUCUCAUAGGCUCUAACUGCAAUGUGCCAAACAUUAAUAUAUUUCAAUAGCAGUUUAAUGAGAUUUGAUAACGAGACAACCAAUGAACAGACAGAAAAAAAAAAAACAAGAUAAAACGACUAAUGAACUAAACCCGUGACAAACUAGAACUGAUAACGAGAUGAUUAAACCCUCGUGGAAAAACCUCCAUGCAUUUGUAUAUUUUCAUUUUAAUGACCAUAUUCAGAGACUUAUUUGAACUGAAUGCUGUUUAGAUUGGUAACUCAGCAUCACUGAGCAUCAGCAGCAUCCUAUACAUAUUUAUGAUGAUCUAUUUUAUAAUAUUAGAUAUGCAAUGACCAGUGAAAGAAUAUUAAUUAGCCAAAUGCAUUAAAAAAUAUAUAUAAUAAUAAUAAUAAAAAAAAAUAACAGCCUAACAUGUAAAACAAAUGAACACUGAUGUUUUUCGAGUCUCAGUGAGUUUGGCGUGAGACAAACGUUGAUGAUUUUCAAUAACUGCCAUAGCAACUAAACUAUUAAAUGAUUUAUAGCCUAUAUAUUAAUAUAUUACAUAGUGUAUUUCAUAUCCACCUUUCCUAUGUCUGCCUCCACUAUGCAAGCACCUUUACUUCAACAGAGGUCCCAAUUGUCCUGAUGACAAACAUGGCUGCUGUCAUAUGCCACGCCCACCACUCCAGUAAUUCGUAAAAUACAGCAUAAAUCUAAACUACAUGACGCAAAAUGUAAUUUUUUCACAAAACUGCCUAUUACAGAAGAUAUUUAAAUGUGUCAUGGCAUAUUUAACUUCAUUUGUGCCUUCAGUGUCAUUGCAAAGAUGAAACAGUGCUUCUAUAAGGGAGACUCCAACCUCCAAACCCAAAAGGAUGAUAAAAUGUUAAAAAAAUAUAUAUUUGGUUGGUCAAAAUGUGAAAUAACACAACAUUCUAUUAAAAGAGAUGUUGUUUUAUGCACUGUAAUAGCGAAUAUCACUAAGAAAUAAGUAUUUUUAUGAAGCCAUUGAAUAUUCAAAUUGAAAGUACAGCGCAAUCAAAGCAUUGUCAAAUCAUUGAGUUCUUGGGGUUUUAAAUAGUUGGGAUGAUGGGAGAAAACCUCAAACAAAAAUAUCCCUAGCUAUAUUACAGUAUAACUGUGUGUCCUGAGAGUGUUUUGAGGUUACUUAGUUGAGACCUUUUCAGACUUUUGUGAAUAAUUCGUUCUUGCCCAUUUAAUAGAGCAAAGAACUGACGUUGAGGUAUUUCAUUGUAGCUCUUCCAGAGUUUUCCUCCUUUUCAGGCCAAUAUGUCUGCAGAUAAACCCAAGGUAUACCAAGGUGUGCGUGUGAAGACUACUGUUAAGGAGUUACUGCAGAAACACAGAGCCAUGCAGACACAGACAACCGAAACGAAAUCUCAAGCCAUGACUGGACGCGAUGUCUGCCCUGCAACCUGGAAUACCCAUCAUGAUCUCUUCUUGGCAAGGCAAGCUACAGAGCCCUAUUUUCAAACAAGUCCCUAUACCGAUAAUGGCAACAUCCAGAUGGAGAAUGCUUAUGAUCAUCAACAGAUGAUGAACAUGAUGCCACAUGAGACUUUCAGCGGCGGUAACAUCGUGUGUUCGACAUCUUCGCAGUGGUCUGAUGGAUAUCCACCUUCAAAUACGGACAUCUAUGGUGCAAGUCUGGAUUCGAGCUCAGCUUUAGACUCCUCCAAUCUACCAAGUCCUAACGAUUACAACAGUUACUCCCUCCCUCAGUCCCACUCUUCAUCUUCAUCGUGUUACAGCUCCCCAACGCGGAUGGAUUUGAGCUCCAGUUUCUCUCCAGAAAAUUACCACUAUCAGCACUGUAACCCACAGCAUUGCUUUUGUCUGUCGCACUGGCCCAAUCUGCAGGAUGACAUGCUGUCUUCAGAGAAUGCGCCCUAUGGCUCAUCAGACUGUUUGUAUUCAUAUGAAGACGACAAUUAUUUUAGAAGGAAUACCUCAAACUCAGACAUGUGUUACUUAUAAAAUUAUCAGAAGCACUUUUCGGGACAACCCAGUGUCAUGAGUGAUUAAGUUGCAUUUGUUGUAUUUUAGUUUAGGUCAAGGAAACAAGCAAUGACAGAAUGCAUAAUUGCGAUUAGUGUAUAGCCGAUAAUAGUUUGUUAGGCAACAAGGUUGAUUGCAGAGCUAAAUGUGAGUAUGAUUACGAACAAAUUAUUCAUGUAUCUUUUCUACAAUAAACA